AUGGGGAGCGAUUGGUGCAAUUCCGCAAACAACUGGUGUCAACUUCCUUGGUGCUACGUAGGUAGCAACUGUUCGAGCCGAGUUGCGAGUACAGUCUUUGCAGGUUCGGAAGCCGCAUUCCACAGCUACGACACGUGCCUGUCGACACCCGACUGCCACAGCUUUCCCUACGACUUGGCCUGCCCGUUUGACUCCAGAGAUUCUGCUUGGUCAACAGCUUCUGAUUGCCGUGACGGAUGGUCGAACAUCUGCGAGUGCAAAUAUCAAGGCACCAUUCUGCCAGCUUCAAUUUACAUGAACUACCCGGCCCAAGACCCGGGGAGAUAUGCGGAUCUGCCCUAUAUAGAUGUUUAUGGCACGUCUUGUGCGGCAUGGGACCAAGUUCCUGGGACCCCCUUGGCACCACUCUGUCCGCCGGGGUCUGACUGGUCAACUGUUGAGUACAACUGGUGCCAGCUGCCCUGGUGCUAUGUGGAUCCGGAGUGUGUGACCAUGCGCCCGACCAGUGUUUUCAACGGCACGUCUAUGUAUUACAGUUACGAUGCAUGUGGCAAUGCUCCUGACUGCUACAACUACUUCGAUGUCGAAGAGCGCUGUCCUUGGGACCCUUAUAACGCAAAGGCAUACCGCCUGCACAAAGCACAGGGCUGUGAGUGCAUCCAUGCUGGAGAAGAGCUUCCGCUCGAUCUGAUUCAGCAAUAUCCCUUGAGCGAGCCAGGCAAGUAUGCAAAUCUGACUUUCAUCCGAAUAUAUGGAACGAGUUGUGGUUCGUGGGAUACCUUAGCAGGUGGCCCAUGGCAUGACUACUGCAUUCCAGGCUCCGAUUGGUGUUCUACUGGCAGCAAUUGGUGCCAGACUCCCUGGUGCUUUGUGGGUGGUUCGUGUGCCACCAGAAUACGGAGUUCAGUGUUUGAUGGGCCUGCCACUAGGUUUUACAGUUAUGACACUUGUCUUUCCUCCCCAGAUUGCCGCAGUAUCCCCUAUGAUGCAUCGUGUCCUUUUGACUCGAGCGACAACGGCUGGUCUACGGCCGGACAAUGCCCAGACAGCUGGUCAGACGUUUGCGAUUGCAUAUAUCAAGGCAGCACUCUCCCAUCUGCUGUCUACGACAACUUCCCAUCCUUCCAGCCUGGCAGGUGGUCAACAUUGGGAAACAUCGCGAUCUAUGGCACGACCUGUGCUGCCUGGGAUGUGGUGCCGCAAACACCGCUCUCCAUCUUCUGUCCGACCGGAGCCGACUGGUCCUCCGAAAGUUUCAACUGGUGCCAGCUGCCCUGGUGCUAUGUGAGCAGCAGCUGUGUUACAAAGGUUGCGACUCGCAACUUUGAAGGGGCGGACUUGUGGUACAGCUACCACACCUGUGGCAAAACACCUGAUUGCUACAACAACUUCGACACAAGCCUCAAAUGUCCAUAUGAUCCUUAUAGCACCCGAAGCUACCAGGUGCACAAGGGGGGCGACUGCGCUUGCAAGUAUCAUGGCUUUGAGCUUCCGUUUAAUGCAUACACCAGGUUCCCCGUCACAGAGCCCGGGAAGUAUCAGAACAUGCCACACAUUGCAGUGUAUGGCAGCACAUGUGCAGCCUGGGAUCUGGUGCCUGAAACUCCCAGCUACUGCCCUGGUGGUGUGGAUUGGUGCACCAGCGAGCAUAACUGGUGUCAGCUUCCCUGGUGUUUCGUUGGAGCCAACUGCAGCACUAGGAUUGCCAGCUCCAUUUUUCAGGGGUCGGAGGUGGCUUUCUACAGCUAUGAUACCUGCUUAUCGGCGCCAAAUUGUCGAGACGAAAUCUUUGAUACCAGAUGCCCAUAUGACUCGAGCGAUUCAGGGUGGUCAACUCCCCAGGUGUGCUCUGAUGGAUGGAAUGACGUAUGCCAGUGUCUGUAUCAGGGCGACGUUUUGCCGGAAGAGGAGUAUGUGAACUACCCGACUCAGCAGCCAGGAAGAUACAUGAACCUAUCGAGCAUUUCGCUCUACGGUACAAGUUGCGCUGCUUGGGAUCAGGUGCCUGGAACUCCUUGGGCACACCUUUGCCCCAUUGGAUCGGACUGGUCUGACGAGGAAUUCAACUGGUGUCAAGUGCCUUGGUGUUAUGUCAGUGAUACCUGCAAGUCGCGCAUUCGCAGUUCCGUCUUUGAUGGCUCGGCCACCCUCUUCUACAGCUAUGAUGUUUGUGGUGAUUCGCCAGAUUGCUACAACAAUUUUGCAGACCCCCGAUGUCCCUUUGACCCCUCGCGGGGACUAUCAUAUGCCCUGCACAAGUCCCAAGGCUGCGAGUGUUUGUACCAGGGGAUGGAGCUGCCGGCAGACACUUACUUGAACUACCCUGCCGAGGAUCCUGGCAAGUAUGCAACGCUCCUGGCAAUUAAGAUCUAUGGAACAAGCUGUGCGGCUUGGGAUCAGAUGCCUGCAACGCCUUGGUCUAGCUACUGCCCGGCUGGUGCAGACUGGUGUCAUUCAGAUAAUAACUGGUGCCAGCUUCCAUGGUGCUACGUGGGCAGCUCUUGCCGUUCUAAGCUGCCGACGAAUGUCUUCAACGGCUCGGCAACGAUGUAUUAUAGCUACGACACAUGCUUCUCCACUCCGAACUGCCGCCUUCCGCUUGAACCUGGAUGUCCGUAUGACUCGACACUGGCUCAUUGGGCGACUGGCUCUGAUUGCCCCCAUGGUUGGUCAGACGUGUGUGACUGCAUAUACCAAGGCUCGACCUUACCUGAGGACUUAUAUCGGCAGUUCCCUGUCUCACGGCCAGGCAUGCACCAGAACCAGUCCACCAUCGCUUUGUAUGGGACAAGCUGCGCCUCCUGGGAUGUUGUCCCAGGAACCCCGCUGGCUAGCACAUGCUUGUCUUCAUCAGCAAACUACUCGGGUGACAUGAACUGGUGCCAUGUGCCAUGGUGUUACGUCAGCAGCUCUUGCCCCACGCAGUUACCAAGCCGCGUGUUUGACGGCUCCGGUGCUUUCUACAGCUAUGAUAGCUGCGGCAAUGCGCCGGACUGCUACAACAACUUUCGUGCAAGCAGAUGUCCUUUCGACCCAUAUGGGACACGGAAGUACAGGUUACACAAAGGUGAUGGAUGUGAAUGCAUCUUUCAUGGCAUGCACUUGCCGGUAGAGGUGUACACCAUGUACCCGAAUGAAGAUCCAGGGCGCUACAGCAAUUUAAGUCAUAUUUCAGUGUAUGGCACAGGCUGUGCAGCCUGGGAUCAGAUGCCAGGGACUCCUUGGGCUUCAUCUUGUCCCCAGGGUGUAGAUUGGUGUGCGUCGACCCACAACUGGUGUCAGCUCGCCUGGUGCUUCGUGUCAAGCGGCUGCGGAACCAGGCUUCCCGGCACUCUCUUCAGCGGCUCUGCGGCGGCAUAUUACAGCUACGACACGUGCCUUUCUAUGCCAGACUGUCUCAACUUUCCCUAUGACUCCCGCUGUCCAUUCGACAAGCAGGAUCUGUCUUUCUCCGCAGCUGCGGACUGCCCCUCUGGUUGGACUGACACCCCUGGUGUACCAAUCACUUCUUUCGAUGCCGUCCUCCUUCUGGAUGACGUAUGGGACUUUCGAGCGUCAGCUUACCAGGAAAGUGUGGAAAGCAGCACAGGGCUGGGAAGCAGUCAGGUUCUCAUGGACUCUGUGCAGUUCCGUGUCAUGAUGCCAUACGCCCUGCUUUGGGCUUCUGUGCAAAUCGGGGAUGCAGAGAUGGUCGCCGCGGCAGCUUCGGCCACCAAGCUUGAUCCUUCCAAGAUCUUCGUGCGAUCCAACAGACGUUUGUCAGAGUCGGACAUGGAACCACCAAGCGAACGAAGGCUUCAGAGCUUGUUCGAUAUGUAUGCCUUGACCGACAAUGCCGCCGAUUUGAGCAGUAUGCAGUCCAAACUUUCCAAUGUAAGCUUGCUUCAAGCAAGCCUGGCAGCAAGCGGGGUUGAGGCCCGGAUGGAGCCCGGGGGCCCAGCACACAAGGAGGUCCUGGUUUCGACUCGGCUUUUGGCAGCCGAUCCAAUGGAUGCCCCGGUGACAUCUCCUGAUCCUUCAGUCCUGUCCAGCCAGAUGUCGCAACGGUUGGGCAUCGCCAUCACCGCGCAGAUCGAGAACGAGGCCAUCAAGCUGCCACCAACUUCGACGACAGUCACACUGACAUCUACAACCACCCUUUCAUCCACGUCAACAUCCAGUACCAGGACACACACUUCCUCGACAACUCUCUCCACAACCUCCAUCACUGUGACGACCACAACGUUAGUUAUCGAUGUUCGAAUCAUGAUCAAUGAGGUGGAAUACUCAAGCACAGAAAUAGAAGCCUGGGCUGUCGGAACAAAGUUUUGCCUCCCGGACACCAGCACAAUGACCUCCACCACGAUGACAACCACGGGGCAGUAUGUGGGAGCAGCUGAGAUCGGGGGUGCCGUCGUCUUCCAGCUUUGCCGGGACAUCUUCCAGCAGGACCCGCCCUCCACUGUGGACUGCUACUGGCGUGAAGAUGUAAAUUCGGAGUGGGUCCUGUUUGGUGGUGCCGGCACAUGUGAGGCUGCCACCUGCCGUUGUGCAGCCUGGAGCGCCGGGAACCAUGACUAUCAGCUUCGAUUAAACAUGGGCGGCAUCGACCACUUCACAACUGAGCACCUCGCUACGGCCGCGGGGCCCAAGGAUUGUCCCACAGAAACUACCAGCACUACCACGACAACCACAACUACCACCACAGCUUUGGACAGCAUGGGGGUGCAAGAGAUGAAUGGAGCAGUGUUCUUCCAUGUCUGCAGCGACAUUGAGGGCCCUGUGAUCUGCAGCUGGCGGCGACGAGGAGAGUUUUAUUGGUUUCCGUUCGAAGGCUAUGGCUCCUGCUACGCUCGGAAGUGCACCUGCCCGGCCAUGACAACGGACAUGUUCUUUAGCAUGCGGGUUCCCAGCACAGUCGAGUCAACCACCACAGUGACAAGCAUUACCGGCACUUCCACAACUGCAACACUGACCACCAGCGUCACGCAGCUAUCGAACACGACCAUUGCCAAGACGGCUCAUUGCAUCACAGCUCGUGCUGCACCUGGACUCUUUGGGUUGCUGCUGCUCUGGGCAGUAUCCUCGUAG